GACUCGUGAAAGUCGACUUACACAACAAACGACAACUCUUCACAACUUUUCCACGAUGUCUUCGCUAAAGGAUGUCUGUUCCGGGCUUCCCCUGGACCCGCUACCUCCGCAGAGGGACCGUGACGACUCCGUGCCCCACGCACCCGUCCGAACACCUCAUUUGACCCCUGAAGAAGAGAGGUUGGCCCUGCAGAAUGCUCUGCGGUACUUCCCGCCUGAGCUGCAUGGGGUCCUCGCUCCAGAGUUUGCUCAGGAGCUGCGAGACUACGGACACAUCUACAUGUACCGCUUCAGGCCUGAGUGUGAGAUGAGAGCCUACCCCAUUGAUGAGUACCCGGCCCGUACCCGCCAGGCUGCUGCCAUCAUGCACAUGAUCAUGAACAACCUGGACCACAGGGUCGCACAGUUCCCCCAUGAACUGGUGACCUAUGGUGGCAACGGACAAGUCUUUGGGAACUGGGCACAGUUCCUGCUGACGAUGCAGUACCUGUCUGAGAUGACCGAGGACCAGACGCUGGUCAUGUACUCCGGCCACCCCGCCGGACUCUUCCCCAGUCACAGGGGAGCUCCCAGGGUGGUCAUCACCAAUGGCAUGGUUGUUCCUAACUACUCCUCGAGGGAAGAGUAUGAGAAAAUGUUUGCACUUGGAGUCACCAUGUAUGGCCAAAUGACUGCAGGAAGCUACUGCUACAUCGGACCACAAGGAAUCGUUCAUGGAACCACAAUCACCGUAAUGAAUGCUGGCCGCAAGUACCUGGGGUUGAACGACCUGACUGGAAAGGUGUUUGUGACAUCAGGGUUAGGAGGAAUGAGCGGUGCCCAGGCGAAGGCAGCCGUGGUGGCCGGCUGUAUCGGAGUCAUCGCAGAGGUCAGCGAGGAUGCUCUGACAAAAAGACACAAACAGGGAUGGUUAAUGGAGACAACCUCCAACCUGGAUGAAUGUAUGAACAUGAUCAGGAGGUACAAGAGAGAGAAGAAGACAACCAGCAUUGGCUACCUUGGUAAUGCAGUGGAUCUCUGGGAGAGAUUUGUGCAGGAGUAUGACAGUACUGGUGAACUGUUGGCAGAUCUGGGGUCGGAUCAGACAUCCUGCCACAACCCAUACGGUGGGGGGUACUACCCAGUACAGUUGACGUUUGCUGAGGCCAAUGAAGUAAUGCACAGUGACCCCCUGAGGUUCAAGAACUUGGUGCAAGAGAGCUUACGUCGUCAGAUCACUGCCAUCAACAAGCUCUCUGACAGAGGAAUGUUUUUCUGGGACUAUGGAAAUGCCUUUUUGCUGGAGUGUAAACGGGCUGGUGCUGAUGUCAGUAAAGAAGGUGACACCUUGGGUACCAGGUUCCGCUACCCUUCCUAUGUACAGGAUAUCAUGGGUGACAUUUUCUCCCUGGGUUUCGGUCCGUUCCGUUGGGUGUGCACAUCUGGGAACCCUAACGACCUGGCUACCACUGACGAGAUCGCAACUUCAGUACUUGAGGACAUCAUUAACAAAGGAGUUCCUGAGAGUGCCAAGCAGCAGUUCCAGGAUAACAUCAGGUGGAUCAAGGAGGCAGGCAUCCACAAAAUGGUUGUUGGCUCCCAGGCCCGUAUCUUGUACGCAGACCGUGUGGGUCGGAUCGCCAUCGCCACCACGUUUAACCAGGCAGUGGCUGAUGGGAAGCUACAGGGGCCGGUAGUCAUCAGCAGGGACCACCACGAUGUCAGCGGGACAGACAGUCCUUUCAGAGAGACCUCCAACAUCUACGAUGGGUCAGCAUUUUGUGCUGACAUGGCUGUGCAGAACUUUGUCGGUGACUCGUUCCGAGGUGCCACAUGGGUGGCCCUACACAACGGUGGGGGGUGUGGCUGGGGUGAAGUUAUGAAUGGUGGGUUUGGUCUUGUGCUGGAUGGUUCAGAGGAUGCUGGUGAGAGGGCCAAGAUGAUGCUUCAAUGGGACGUCUCCAAUGGGGUUGCUAGGCGGAGCUGGUGUGGCAACCAGAAUGCGAAGGAGGCGAUCUGCCGUGCCAUGGACCAGAACAGCAAGCUGAAGGUCACCAUGCCUCACGCGGUGGAGGACGAGACUCUACUGGAGAGGGCAUUCCGCAACUAACAACAAACUACAUCAUUAUGGAAGCUCAUCUGUGUUGGUAGUAAUCAUAGUACAAAGCUUAACUUUCUUCCAACACAAAAAACACUUGGAUCAAAUUUCCAACGACCACUGUCCCUUCAGGAUCAAUACUGAUGACAAAUCACUUCAGAAGAAAUUUUGCUAGUUUAGCUUUGUACUAAAACUACAAUAUAUCAUUUUAGAAGGAAAGCAAUGCUACAGUGUAAAACUGAUCUUAGAAGACAAGCUAGGGUCCCCAUUACUGUAUGUUAGAACCACAAACAGUUCUAAAGUGGAGUGUACAAUCUUGUACAUAUAUAUGUACAUGUAACAUUGAAACUAAGAUAUUCCCAAACCUUUAUGUAACUCUUGCUGCUGUUAGUUGCAAUCUUGUCAUUAGAACAAACAUUGUGAAAAAAGAUGACCACUUUCUUUUUGAACUCUACAAGGCUUUUUUUUAGAAGAUGCAGAAAUGUUUAGAAGAUGGUUGGUGCCAAAGCUAAGCUAUGUUGUGGUGGCACAUAUAGAUAGAUCCAGAGCUUCCUGCUUAGUAUUAUGUUUGUCUGUACUUAAAAGAAAAGGCCGAUGUAAAACUUGACUGGGCAGUCUUUUUAGAAUUUCAAAAUGUUCAGUACUUGAUGUUGAUAAAGGCUUGACAUUAAGAUAAUAAGAUAUGCAAGGUAACAGUUACUAAAGCAUCUGUUGGAAGUUUGCAAAUUGAAAUUUGCAAAUGUCUAGUUGCUUGUGAUGAAUAACCAUUACACUGUGUUUAAAUACUUUGUUCUCAAGAUAGACAAACUGAUAUCAAUAAUAUAGAGACUGAAAAAAGAAGCCAUACAUAAAAUGACUUUUGUAGGACAAUUUUAUUGAACUAUUUGUUUGAAAUCACUGAGUGUGACAUAGAUUUGGCAUAUUUUACCUCUAGAUCUUGUUAUAGUGACAACACUAUUGUAAUAGUUUAAGCUGUCCAAAAAAAAUUGGUGUUGGAAGAGCUGCUAAUAACUUAUAUUAGGCUAUUAGAUAAGGAAUCAAUCAAGAUUAGAAUGAAGUUUGAAGUUAAAUCAUGUUAUGGUAACAGUUGUGGACUUGAACAUUACAAAUUCAUAUUAUAUAUGAUUGACAGAUCGGAAUUUGGAGCCUGGUAGCACUCAGAACUGUUGUUGCUAUUAUAGUUUGUUGUUAACAAGGAGGUUUUAACCUACAUGGCCUUAGAUAGUGAUAAGAAACAGUGCAUUAAGAAAUAUAGAAAAAUAAAAUAUCACAUCAGCUGUUUG